GUCGUUCUGCGCGGCCCCGCGGCGUUCGCGCCCGGCCCUUCUGGGCCCUCCCGGUGCCCGUCCCGCGGGCCUCCGCCGUCCGGAAGGGAUGCCGGGCUGUCGCGCUCGGCCCUCGGACCCGGGUCGGGAGCGCCCAGGGCCGUCCAGCUGAGGCUGCGCGUCUGAGAUGUCGUCCGGCCCCCGCGAGGGCGCCAGCGGGGACCAUGAAGGCGCCGUGGAGGGCCUGCUUCUGCCUGCUGCUGCCGCUGCUGCCCUGGGCCGCGAGUGCCGCGAAGCACGCCGAGAUCGCCCAGCACGCCAUCGAGCUGCACCGGGGCCGCGGGGUGGCCUUGGCGCACGGCCGGCAGUGGACGCUCGGCCGGUGCAGAAAGCUGUCCGGGCUGCUGCGUCAGAAGUCCGUGGCCCUCAGCAAGCUGAGAAUGGCCAUCCGGGCCGUGGAGCAGGACGCUGGCCUGUCGGCCGAGGAGAAGAUCUUCCAGGUGCACACAUUUGAGAUUUUCCAGAAGGAACUGAAUGAGAGUGAGAAGUCCGUCUUCCAGGCCAUCCACGGGCUGCAGCGGGCCCUGCAGGGCGACUACAAGGAUGUGGUGAGCAUGAAGGAGAGCAGCAGGAAGCGCCUCGAGGCCCUGAGGGAGGCGGCCAUCAAGGAGGAGACCGAGUACGUGGAGCUGCUCGCUGCCGAGAAGCACCAGGUGGCGGCCCUGAAGCACGCGCAGCACCAGAACCGGAGCCUGUCGGUGCUGGACGAGAUCCUGGAGGACGUGCGGCGGGCCGCGGACCGGCUGGAGGAGGAGAUCGAGGAGCACGCGUUCGAUGACAACAAGUCCGUCAAAGGGGUGAACUUUGAGGCAGUUCUGAGGGUGGAGGAAGAAGAGGCCAACCCGAAGCAGAAUCUCACAAAACGGGAAGUGGAUGACCUGGGCCUCAGCAUGCUGAUCGACUCCCAGAACAACCAGUACAUCCUGACCAAGCCUCGGGACGCGACCAUCCCCCGGGCGGAUCGCCACCUCAUCAAGGACAUCGUCACCAUUGGCAUGCUCUCUCUGCCCUGUGGCUGGUUGUGCACGGCCAUCGGUCUGCCCACCAUGUUUGGCUACAUUAUUUGUGGAGUGCUCUUGGGGCCUUCUGGCUUGAAUAGUAUCAAGUCUGUUGUGCAAGUGGAGACUUUGGGGGAAUUCAGCGUGUUCUUUACGCUCUUUCUCGUCGGCUUGGAAUUUUCCCCAGAGAAACUGAGGAAGGUGUGGAGGGUGGCCCUGCAGGGUCCUUGCUACAUGACGCUGCUCAUGACGGGCUUCGGCCUGCUCUGGGGACACCUGCUGCACAUCAGGCCGGCCCAGAGCGUCUUCAUCUCCACCUGCCUGUCGCUGUCCAGCACGCCCCUGGUGUCCAGGUUCCUCAUGGGCAGUGCCCGGGCCGACAAAGAAGGGGACGUGGACUACAGCGGGGUCCUGCUGGGCAUGCUGGUGAUGCAGGACGUGCAGCUGGGGCUCUUCAUUGCUGUCCUGCCCACGCUCCUCCAGGCGGGUGCUGCCACCAGCUCCAGCGUCCUGCUGGAGGUGCUGCGGAUCCUGGCUCUGAUGGGGCAGAUCCUGCUCUCGCUCGCGGCCGUUUUCCUUCUGUGUCUGCUCUUAAAGACCUACCUCGUGGGACCCUAUUACCGGAAGCUGCACGGGGAGAGCAGAGGGAAGAGAGAGAUCCUUGUCCUGGGGGUCUCUGCUUUCAUCUUCUCAAUGCUGAUGGUCACGGAGCUGCUGGACGUGUCCAUGGAGCUGGGCUGCUUCCUGGCGGGGGCGCUCAUGUCCUCCCAGGGGCACAUGGUCACUGAAGAGAUCGUGUCCUACAUCGAGCCCAUCCGCGACUUCCUGGCCAUCAUCUUUUUCGCGUCCAUAGGCCUGCACGUGUUCCCCACCUUCGUGCUCUACGAGCUCAGCGUCCUGGUGGUCCUUACUCUGUCCGUGGUCCUCACGAAGUUCGUCCUGGCAGCGCUGGUGCUGUCUCUGCUCCUGCCACGGCCCAGCCAGCACAUCAAGUGGGUGGUGGCGGCCGGGCUGGCGCAGGUCAGUGAGUUUUCCUUCGUGCUGGGCAGCCGAGCGCGCAGAGCCCGCAUCAUCUCCCGGGAGGUGUACCUCCUGAUCCUGAGUGUGACCACGCUGAGCCAGCUGCUGGCCCCGGUGCUGUGGAGACUGGCCGUCUCCAAGUGUGUGCCCCGCCCCGAGCGGCGGUGCAGCCUGUGAGCCCCCUGUGGAGCCCCCGCAGGGCGGGGACGCCAC